AUGCUAGGGAGACAUUUUCCUCCAGACACCGAAGAGGAGCAACAACUCAGGAUGACCGAAACCUGCAAUCUCUCAGAAAAUCAGUUGUCACCGUCUCACAUCGUUUUGCUGUUAAUAAUUAUAGGCACUGAAUGUGUCCUCGGUAUCACUGCAAAUGGGUUCAUUGUAGCUAUACAUACAGCUGAGUGGAUUCACAAUAAGGCAAUUUCCACGAGUGGCAAGAUCCUGCUUUUCCUGAGUGGAUCCAGAAUAGCUCAACAAAGUUUCACGAUGCUAGAACUCACCUUCAGUUCAACAUUCCCACAUUUUUAUAAUGAAGAGAUUGUAUAUGAUACAUUCAAGGGAAGUUUCAUGUUCUUAAAUUAUUGUAGCCUCUGGUUUGCUGCCUGGCUCAGUUUCUUCUACUUUGUGAAGAUUGCGAAUUUCUCCUACUCCCUUUUCCUCAAGCUGAAAUGGAGAAUUUCUGGAUUGAUGCCCUGGCUUCUGUGGCUAUCAGUGUUUGCUUCCUUGGGCCAAAGUGUGUUCUUCUUCAAAAACACCUACACUGUGCAUUGUAACAAUCCUUUUUCUACCCACUCCUUCAACUCCACUAAGAAAGGUGACUUCGCUGAGACCUAUGUGAUCAACCUGGUUCUCUUCUUUAACAUGGGGGUCUUCGUUCCUCUGAUCAUGUUCAUCCUUGCAGCCACCCUGCUGAUCAUCUCUCUCAGGAGACACACCCUGCACAUGGAAAGCAAUGCCACUGGCUCCAGGGACCCCAGCAUGGAAUCCCAUAUGGGGGCCAUCAAAGCCACCAGCUACUUUCUCAUUCUCUAUAUUUUCAAUGCAGUUAUUCUAUUUCUCUACAUGUCCAACAUCUUUGGCACCAACAGUUUCUGGAAUAUUUUGUGCAAAAUCAUCAUAGCUGCCUACCCUGCUGGCCAUUCCAUCCUACUGAUUCAGAACAACCCUGGGUUGAGGAGAGAUUGGAAGCGCCUUCAGGCUUGA